AUGAGGCAGUUCCUACAGGAAUCUGUGGGAGUAGGAACCGAACAUGUAGGGCAACUUCAACAUACAGGAGGUCUCUAUACCAGGGCUCGUACAAAGCAGACUGCCCGCAAAUCGACCGGUGGUAAAGCACCGAGGAAGCAACGGGCUACAAAAGCCGCUCGCAAGAGUGCGCCCUCUACUGGAGGGGUGAAGAAACCUCAUCGUUACAGGCCUGGCACCGUGGCACUCCUUGAAAUUAGACGUUAUCAGAAGUCCACGGAACUUCUGAUUGGCAAACUUCCCUUCCAGCGUCUGGUGCGGGAAAUUGCUCAGGACUUCAAAACAGAUCUGCGCUUCCAGACUGCAGCUACUGGUGCUUUGCAGGAGGCAAGUGAGGCCUAUCUGGUUGACCUUUUUGAAGACACCAACCUGUGUGCUAUCCAUACCAAAUGUGUAACAAUUAUGCCAAAAGACAUACAGCUAGCACGCCGCAUACGUGGAGAACGUGCUUAAGAAUCCACUACG